GGGCCAAACUAGUCGCGCGCACUCCUCUCGCGGUUGCGCGCAAGGCCGGCGGCCGCGAUGCCCCGCUAUGCCCAGCUGGUUAUGGGCCCCGCGGGCAGCGGGAAGAGCACUUACUGCUACAACAUGGUCCAGCACUGCGAAGCCCUGAAUCGCUCAGUUCAAGUGGUUAACUUGGAUCCCGCUGCAGAGCACUUUGAUUAUGAUGCCAUGGCAGAUAUCCGUGAGCUGAUUGAAGUGGAUGAUGUCAUGGAAGAUGAUUCACUAAAGUUUGGUCCUAACGGGGGCUUAGUUUUCUGCAUGGAAUACUUUGCAAAUAACUUUGGCUGGCUGGAAGAAUGCCUGGGCCACGUGGAAGAUGAUUACAUCCUUUUUGAUUGCCCGGGCCAGAUUGAGCUCUAUACCCAUCUUCCUGUGAUGAGGCAGUUGGCUGAGCAGCUGCAGCAGUGGGAAUUCCGCGUGUGUGGAGUCUUCCUCGUUGAUUCCCAGUUCAUGGUGGAAUCCUUUAAGUUUAUCUCUGGCGCCAUGGCAGCUCUCAGUGCAAUGGUCUCCCUGGAGAUUCCCCAAGUCAAUGUCAUGACAAAGAUGGACUUGCUAAACAAGAAAGCCAAAGUGGAAAUUGAAAAGUACCUGGACCCCGACAUGUAUUCUAUGCUGGAAGAUUCUACAGAUUUGCUCAAAAGCAAGCGGUUUCAAAAGCUGACUAAAGCCAUCUGUGGGUUGAUCGACGACUACAGCAUGGUUCGGUUCCUGCCUUUCGAUCGCUCCGAUGAGGAGAGCGUUAACAUUGUUCUGCAGCACAUCGACUUUGCCAUCCAGUAUGGGGAAGACCUGGAGUUCAAAGAGCCGAAGGAAACUAAGGAAGAUAACUCUUCAGCUUUUGAUGAAUAUUUCCAAGACCGAGUGGAUGAAUGAAGAUUUCAGAAUGAAAGACUGUAAAAUACACAGACUCCUUGAUAAGUCUAGUGAAAAUUGAAUACUGGACUUCUUUCCCUCAGUGAAGAGUUUAAUAUAUAUAAAUGGACACUGCCACUUUGUACAGUUUUUGCUUUGGAAAAAGAUACACCUUGAAGGAUGAGAAAUAAAGGAUGACGUUACUACUUAUUGCUAUAAAAA